AUGGCGUCUCCCGUCAAGCCAGAUAAUUCGCAAGGCCCAGAAGCUGGCCAAGAACUGCCUCAAGAAGCAGACUCUACUCCUCCAGUCGAUGAUCCACCCCGACAUGGCAUCCGACACGUGGUCGACCAGGCAGAAAAGGACGGCGGGCGCAAAGCACCCAAUGAGCCGCAGCACUCUGUCGGUAUCUCCAGGCGAGCAUCCGACGAAAUAAAUCCACGAAGUGUCCGACGAGUGGCCGCUUAUAAACAGCCUCCACAGCCGCAGCAUUCUCGGGCCAUGCCGUCCUUGCUGGACUUGUCGGGUCGAGGCAGCCACAUGGAGUCCCACACGCGCUACAGCAGCACCGCGGGUAACAUUGGUUCUGGCAAUGAUAGCUGCCGCCGCACGUCUUUGCCACCUGCUGUCGUUGCCGCAGCGGCGGCGGCCCUCAACACUCCGUCGUCGGCGCGCCGGACAUCAAUAGGCAGUCGCUCUUCGAGUGGAGUCAUGAAACCUUCGACCAUGAUCUGUUACACCGUGGUCGCCGUGCUGUGCUUGCUGGUGUCUCUGACCGUGCUCUUCUUCUUGCUGUCGUCGCUCCUGGACAGCAGUGACCCGAGCCAACCAUCCACGUGCACAACCCACGCAUGCCGCGAGUACGCUGCGCGGCUCAUUUCCUCGAUCAACUCGUCGGUGGACCCGUGCCACAGCUUCACGCGCUUUGUGUGCGACGGCUGGCGGCGUCGCCAAUUGUUUGGCGUCCAAGAGGAAGCCUUCGGCGCCGCCAACGAGAGGAUCGCGCGCAUAGUGCGCACCAUUGACGUGCCCCCUACGGGACAGAACCUGCUCCAGAGGGCGGCAAUGUUGUACAAGAGCUGCCUCGCCGUGUUGACGACACCAACGGGUGAGCUCGACGCCGUGAAGUCUGCACUUCGCGCCGCCGGCGUAAUGUGGCCUCACCGACCGCCUCCCGUGGGAAAAAGGGACCUGUUGCGCAUGAUGUUCCACUGCGACUACACGCUGGGAUGGAGCGCCGUGUUUCGAGUGGACCCCGAGCUGUACCAGAACGCGACCAAAGCAUAUGUGCUCACCGACUCGGGCUUCAACUUCGUCGUGCGCAAGUACAACGAGCGCAGCACGGAGGCGCUACCGCGUACACUAUUUCAGCCGUCUUCGGAACGCGUUCAGGGACACGGAGGAAGGAGUGGCGGACGUCGUUACGAGAUGCAACAGCUGGAGGAGAAGAUGUUCGAUCCACUGAUUGCAGAUUUCUACAGGAACGCGCCGAACGUCACCACGGUUCCGCAUGACGUGGUGUACAGCUCGUCGGCCAACCUGUCAAUGGACCGGUGGCUGGAGGUCAUGAAGCGGGAAGGAGUGGUAAUAGUCGGAAAAGUUGAAUUUCGCACGUGGAACUUGGCCUUCUUUAGCACCUUCGUCAACCUGUUGGCACGUCACGGGGAACUGGACAUGUACGCCUACGUGUUUUGGUGCACGGUGCAGGUUGCAGCACUAUUUGCCAACGGCGAGCUCAUCGUUAACUUUUACGGGCACCCACCGCGAGCGCUGAUCUUGCACGGCGCCUUCUGCCUAAGCCGUGCCUACAUCGCUGCUGGCAAGACGCUGCUGAACAACUACGCCCGUGAGAUACUACCUGUGGUGGCGCGCUCCUAUGCAGAAACCCUCUCGCUGAACGUGCAUACGGCAUUUUUGGAACGCCUGAAUUCCUGGGCCGACUACGAUGCCGACUUGCGAAUGAUGAGGUCGUGGAAUUCCACCUCGCUGUCUUUCAGCAUCUUUGCUCCGAAGCCCGAGGUUGACUUCGACGACGUCAUCGUUGGAGAGAUGGGUGACUCGUUCCUGCAGAACUGGCGCAACGCUUGGUUAUCGCGUAGCUUCUUCCGCGGCUUCGACAUCAAGAUUGCCAUAACGGCCAUCGAGACGUUGGCGUUCUCUUCCGACCUCGAGUAUAGAAGGGGCUACAUCUUACUGCCGUACGUCUUCUCGUUUCCUUACUACGACAUGAACGCCAUGAACGCCAUCAACUAUGGGGGCUUUGGAACUCAGGUGGCUUUCGCCUUGGGCCAGAGGUUUCGCAGCACGUACCUCAGCGCAGAUGCCGGCGGUGCCUCGUUCAGCGCGUUCCUGUCCUGCGUCUCGAACGCAUCGCUCUCCACCCAGCUUAAGGACGCUCAAUCGCUGUUCGCCGAAGUGGUCUCCCUGGGCGCCGUAGUGGACGCGUACCGCAACGCGAGCGAUGACCGGCGCCUCGUCAACCUAGAGCGCCUGACCAGCGAUCAGCUGCUUUUCAUCGCCAUUUGUUACGCCAAGUGCAUCGGAAGCUACUACGUCGUCCACGACUCCAUGUGCGACGCGGUGCUGAAGAACGUGCCGGAGUUCUCGGAGGCCUUCAACUGUGCACUAGGGACGCCCAUGAACCCGCACCAGCAGUGCAGGCUUUUCUGA